CUCUAUCUUUCUUUCAACUCUCUGUGAGUACAGAAUCUCAAGCUUAGUUAAUUGUUUAGGAUAAAAUUCAUUCACAGAAAGAGUUGAGCUGAACCCUAUCUGGGUGGAGCUCCAAUAAGGAAUCCAUGGAUUCAACUCCGGUCGGUAGCCUGUUCAAUAUCUUGGAGAUUUACCGACGAUAUUGUGACAUUAAAUCUCAAGCUGUGAAUGUUCAUGGAGAUGAAGGUUUUAGACAAGAUGAAGAGUUAAAAAAAGCUAAUUUUUCAAGGGAGGCAUUAUCUGAGCUUCUGAACUUGGUUGAGUCAGCAGUACAUACAGGGAUUUUGGUCUUUGAAGAGCUUUACAAGCUCAUGUCACAGCUGGACUUGAUGGCUGACUUUUCUAAAUUUUCACGCUUCUAUGAUUUUGUUUUCUUCAUGUGCCGUGAGAAUGGUCAAAAGAAUAUCACUGUAAGCAGGGCAGUUACUGGCUGGAGGUUAGUUUUAGCUGGCAGGUUUCGCUUGCUUAAUCAGUGGUGUGACUUUGUUGAGAAAAAUCAGCGACACAACAUCUCUGAGGAUACUUGGCAGCAAGUUUUAGCAUUCAGUCGUUGUGUACAUGAAAAUCUGGAAGGGUAUGAUCCUGAAGGUGCUUGGCCUGUUCUAAUAGAUGACUUUGUGGAGCAUAUGUACAGGGUGUCAGGAUCUAACGAAAGUUCUAACUUGUUCUGUAGCUGUGGUGUUUUGGAGUCCCAGUUAUAUGUAUAUGAGGACCCUCUUCCUGGAUUGAAGAAUUUUCCUGGUUUGAAGAGGAAGUCUUCUGACCUUCAAACAGAUGAAAUGGAGUCAUCAGAGGAUUGUUUCCCUGACUUCACAGACCUAAAUCACAUGUUAACUCCCAAGAGAAGCAGGUUAGUUGCUCAGAGACCUCAGGACCGGGAAGAUAAUCCACCUGAAAGUGCCAGUGAUGACUGCAUGGAAAUAGCUAAACAUAAUAGUCCACUGGGUUCCUCCAAGUCUCCUUGUGCCGUUGAGGGUUGCCUAGCUAAGGGCUUUGCAGGGCUGUUUUCAACUUUCCUUUCUGCAAUUUGACAGGGGAAGGAGACUUUCAUAUACUUAGAGCUCCCGGCGAGUCAGUGUAUUGGUAAAUUACCUUCUCAUUCUCAUACAUGUUGGUUUGUGUUUGGUGUCCUGUUAUUUUUACAUAUACCCACGUUUUUUUAGUUGUUCCGUGGGACAGUUUCAAGUCUUCUCUUUUU